CCAUGUAAGAAGACGUCUCAAAGACACAAAUAUGAAUGACUCUUCUGAACAGGUGCCAGGCUUUCCUAGGACAAAAUUACAUGUUCCUAGGAAGGGCAUCAGCAGCCAAGAUUUAUGCUGUCCUAAGUGCACCAAGAGAGAGGAAACAUCAGACUUUAACUCUAUUGAACAUGAUAUUUCAAAAGAGAUGCAACUAUCUCAGCCAACAAAUGCUCAGACCAGUUCUUUACCUGAACAACAAAUUUUAAUUCAGUCAAGCACUAAUGCAUCUAGAAACUUGAAUGAUCAGACUGAUUUCUUGGAAACUAGAAUGGAGACAGUUGAUGUAAAUGCCGAGGAAUUUCUUUCCCCAGAAGAUGACCAUCAACUUAAUUCAGUACUAAAUGCUUUUAAAUUA